GCGGCGCUGCUCCGUGCUCGGCGACCACCCUGGGGCAAGGAAGGGCCAGACCGGCAAAUGGCACAGGAACAACCGGGUGCGAGACGCUUCGUACGGUUCGUCGUCGGAGUCGGACGGCGAGGCGGACGGCGCGGCCGGCGACACGUGGGGCGUCGCGCGGCUGCUCUACGCCGGGCUCGGCACGCUCGCACUCGGCCUCGUCGUCUACUUCGUCGGCACCGGCGACAAGGGUUUCAAGACUCCAGCUCUACGCCUGGUGGGUCCGUCGCUUAUUGUUGCAGGUCUGGCCUGCUGUCUGCUGCGUAUUCUCUUCUGCAUAUUUGCGAAGCCUUGCUGUCGACGGCGAACCAUCUACAAGGAGAACAGAAGACUGUCUGGGUGCGGGGAAGGCGAGGAGAUGCCUUUGGCGGGAAGUGCAGGGGGCGGCGCGGGCGGCGGGUCGGGCGGCGCGCGCGCCGGGCCCGCACAGUGCUCGCCCGCGCGCCGCCUCGACGCCUCGUCCUGCGACGUGUCCUCGCUGUCCAGCGGCGAGGAGGACGAGCGCCUGCGCCGAUACCGCACCGCCUCGCUGCAUCCACCCCCACUACAUCAGGUCACGUCGCACCAGGGGGCAAGCUCACCAAAUGGGUUGCAGCAGAGCGGGUCGCAUGGGUCGCACCACAGCGGCCUGCAGCGGAGCGGGUCGGGGCACAGCCCGGUGCCGGGCCCCGCGCGGGGCGUGGCGGCGCACAGCGUGCCCGCGUCGCCCAGCCCGGGGGCGCAGGCGCCGCCGCUGCCGAGCGCGCUGGCCGGAGCUCCAGCUCGCCGCCCGCCCCCGCGCAACGUCUCCUUUGCCGGUGGACCAGACGGCGAACUCGUGCUUAGUCCUGCACAGCUACGCUCCUAACCCUCAAGCAAUAAAGGUUUUCGCAAUACUCCCUUUUUUACCAAGAUACUCUUCGGACGAUGUGACUAUAUCGAUGCGA